AUGGAGGAAGAUGCACCGUCCAGGCCGGUCUCCAAGAGCCGGGCAUUCUUCAUCAUCACCUGCAUUACCUGCAUCACGGGCAAUGGCAAACUUCUAUCCGGGCUCCUCACCGUGGUCAUCCCUGUGAUCGCGCGCGACCUACUCAUCCCCGCAGACAAGCAGCUCUGGCCAACGUCAGCCCUCUCCCUCGCAUGCGGCUGCACUCUAAUCCCCUUCGGAGCGGCGGUAGAAAUCCUCGGCUACCGGCGCGCGAGUCUCUUUGGCGGAUUCCUCCAAGCAGCAAGCGUGCUGGGCACCGGGCUCGGGGCUCGCCACGAGCUCGACGAGCUCAUCGCCCUCUGCGCCAUGGCCGGCUUAGCCGCAUCGUUCUGCCUCCCCAGCACCGUCGGCGUCGCUGGUCUAGUCUUCCCCGCCAACAGCGACCUGCGCCAGCGCAGCAUCGCGUUCGCCUCCAUGGGCGGCGGCCAGUGCAUCGGCUUGGGGCUGGGGCUGGUGCUAGGGGGCGUGUUCACCGGCGCCACCAGCUGGCGCUGGGCCUUCUACAUGACAGCGAUCCUCAACGGGGCGGUGAUCGCGCUGGGCCUAUGGGCACUCCCACGCGACAUCGAUACGCCCCUCAGCCGGUCGUCCUUGGCGCGCCUCGCCCGCACCAUCGACUGGGUCGGCGCGCUCCUCAUCAGCGCCUCCCUCUCGCUCCUCUCCUUCAUCCUAGCCGUCGCCUCCGGGCCCUCUGCGACCAUCACCCUCCUAGCCCUGGGUGCCGCCCUCCUCCCCGCCUUCGCCCUCUGGGUGCACCGACAAACCCGCCUCAACCGUCCCGCCCUGAUCCCGAACCACAUGUGGCGCAAUCCAGCCCCGCCGCGCUACUUCCACGACGUUCGCGGCCUGUCGACCCUAACCUCCGCAUUCUACUUUCUGCCCGCCCCCGUCGCCGGUCUGCUCAUGAGCAUCGCCAUCGGUGUCUUCCUCCCCUACCUCCGGCCCGCCUGGCUCGUCCCAGCCGCGUGCUCCAUCAGCGGCCUCGCCCCGCUGCUCCUGGCCUGCCUCUGCCGCGUCAACGGCCCCGGGUACUGGCACGGCGUCUUCCAGGCUAUGGCUCUGAACCCCGUCGGCGCAGACCUCAUCUACACUAUCGCUAACCUCGUCACCACCGCCGCGUUCCCGGCGAAUAUGGAGGCUUUGGCCGGGGGUGUCUUUAAUACUCUUGCGCAGAUCGGGAAGAGUGUCUGGAUUGCAUCGUCGGCUGCGCUGUUGAUGGGGUAUCGCGCGGGUUGGUGGUAUAAUUGUGCCCUGGGCUUUGCUUCUAUUGCUGUGAACUUCGUUGGGUUGAGGAAGAUUGGGAGGCUUGAGGUUAAGAGGGAUUGA